AUGGUUCAAGCUGGAGAGAAGAGAUUGUUGCAGUUGCACGAGUUGGAGGAAUUUCGCUAUCAUGCUUAUGAAAACGCGAAAAUGUAUAAGGAGCGCACCAAAAGAAUUCAUGACAGGCCCAUCCAAUCUCGUGACUUUGAGCCGGGGCAGUUAGUAUUGCUGUAUAACUCCAGGAUGAAUAUUUUCGGUGGAAAGCUGAAGAGCAAAUGGUCCGGACCAUUCGAGGUAGUUCGCGUGACUGCACAUGGUGCUGUUGAGCUCAAAAGACCCCACUCAGAUGAGACAUCCUUGGUGAACGGACAGAGAGUGAAGCAUUACUACGGGGAGGCCACUGACCGCGCCAAGACCACCAUCGAUCUAGAAGAGGCAUGA